AUGGCGGUGGAGGUGGUGGCGGCUAUGGUGGAGGAGGUGGAAAAGGAGGCGGAGGAGGAGGUGACACUUGGCGGACAUGGAGGAGGUGCCGGAGGCUAUGGUGGCUUCGAAGGCGGCAGUGGAGGAUACGGUGGUGGUGGAAAGGGAGGAUUCGGAGGAGGUGGAGGAGGAUAUGGCGGUGGAGGAUACGGUGGUGGAGGAAAAGGAGGAUUCGGAGGAGGUGGAGGAGGAUACGGUGGUGGAGGAUACGGAGGAGGUGGAGGAGGAUACGGUGGCGGAGGACACGGAGGAGGAGGAGGUGGAGGCUAUGGAGGUGGCAGCGGUGGUGGAAAAGGAGGUAGCGGAGGAGUAGCUAUCGUCGGCAUCAGUUUGUCUCAACUUGGAGGAGGAGGAGGAGGCGGCCACGGAGGUGGUGGUGGAGGAUAUGGAGGAGGAGGAUUUGGAGCUGGUAGUGGAGGAGGAUACGGAGGUGGUAAAGGAUCCGGUAGUGGUUAUGGAGGAGGAUCUGGAGGUGGUUAUGGAGGAGGGUCUGGAUUUGGAAAAGGAAGUGGCAGUGGAUUUGGAGGAGGUUCUGGAUUUGGUAAAGGAGGGGGUGGAGGAUAUGGAGGAGGUGCCGGAGGAUAUGGAGGCGGUGCUGGAGGAUACGGUGGUGGUGGAAAAGGAAGUGGAGGAUACUAUUGA